AUGGCUCGCAAUAUCCUCCUCGGAGCCGGUCUUCUGGCCCAAUUGGCCGCGCCUGUGCUCGGCGCUGCUGCGCUCGCCACCCACGAGUCGCUCUUUUCGCUGCCCUCUGGCUGGGCUCACGACAACCUGCCCGAAGCCGACACUCCCAUCCAGCUGUCCAUUGCUCUGACUCUGCAGAACAUUGACCAGCUCGAGAGCACGCUGAAGUCGGUUUCCACCCCCGGAGGCGCCAGCUACGGCCAGUACCUGGACCAGAGCGAUCUCACCUCCAAGUUCGGCCCAUCCGAUGCCUCGGUCGAGGCUGUGAUCAACUGGCUCAAGGAGGCUGGCAUUAGCUCUAUCCACACUACUGACCAUUCUGUCAACUUUGCCACCACUGUCAGCAAGGCAAACAGCCUGUUGGGCGCCAAGUUCAAAUACUACACCAACGGCGAAACCUCCAAGUUGCGUACCUUGGCCUACUCCAUCCCCGGUGACUUGAAGAGCGAUAUCGACCUGAUCUCGCCCACCACCUACUUUGGCAAGACCACCGCCCAGCGCUCCAUCAAGACCUUCAAGAGCAAGCGUGGCUCGUCCACCACCACUUCGGCUAGCUCGUCCGUGUCCGUUGCCGCCUCUUGCCAGACUUCCAUCACCCCGGCCUGCUUGAAGGAGUUGUACAACGUCGGCAACUACACCCCCAGUGCCAAGCACGGCAGCCGUGUCGGCUUUGGUAGCUUCUUGAAUGAGUCCGCCCUGUACUCUGACUUGGCUAUCUACGAGAAACUCAACAAGAUUCCUUCUCAGAACUUUACCAAGGUCAUCAUCGACAACGCCAGCAACAGCCAGGACCCUGCCAGUGGCGGUUACGGGGAGUCCAACCUCGAUGUCCAGAACAUCAUUGGUAUUGCGCACCCUCUGCCCGUGACCGAGUUCCUCACAGGCGGCUCUCCCCCCUUCGUCCCUAGUCUCGAUGAUGCUACCAACACUAACGAGCCCUACCUGCCGUAUUACGAGUACCUUCUUUCCCAAAGCUCUGAAUCCCUGCCCCAGGUCAUCUCCAACUCGUACGGUGAUGACGAGCAGUCCGUGCCCUUCCAAUAUGCUGUCCGCACGUGCAACUUGAUUGGCCUGAUGGGUCUUCGAGGUAUAACCGUCCUUGAAUCUAGUGGAGAUCUCGGUGUCGGCAGUGGGUGCCUGAGCAACGACGGCAGGAACAAGACCCAAUUCGAGCCCAUCUUCCCCGCAACCUGCCCCUAUGUCCUCUCUAUUGGUGGCACUGUCUCAGUGACCCCUGAGGAGGCAUGGAGCGCCAGCUCUGGCGGAUUCAGCGACUACUUCCCCCGUGCCUGGUACCAGGAGGGUGCCGUUGAGACAUAUCUCGAAGAGAACAUCAGCCCCGCCACCAAGGAGUACUACAAGAGCUACACCAACUUUGCUGGCCGUGGUUUCCCCGAUGUCUCUGCCCACAGUUUGACUCCAGACUACCAGGUCAUCUACGCUGGUGCGCCUGCUGGGUCUGGUGGUACCUCGGCCGCCGCCCCUGUUGUCGCCGGUAUCAUUGCACUUUUGAACGAUGCUCGCUUGGCAGCUGGCAAGCCUGCCCUCGGAUUCUUGAACCCCUUCUUCUACUUGUUGGGACAAAAGGGCCUGAACGACAUCACUCUUGGACAGGCUGUUGGUUGCAAUGGCAUUAACGGCCAGAGCGGUCAGCCUGUUCCUGGCGGUGGUAUCAUCCCCUGGGCUACUUGGAACGCCACAGAGGGUUGGGACCCAGUCACUGGUCUGGGAACACCUGACUUCCAGAAACUGAAGGAGAUUGUCCUUUCCUUUUAA